ACUGACAAGUUAAGACAAGAUGUGAUGUGCGGCUUGUUUUUAAAGUUAUGAACUUUCACAAAUAAAUUAUGUUUUCAAAAUGAUUUUAGACUAUGUUAUCAAGUUUCAUUUAGAAGAUUGUAUCAAUAUUCUAUCGGAGCAAGAUAAUUUGGGUUACUAUAGCAUCAAAAUUGACUUUUUGAAACUUUUCGAGUCAUAUCCAGAUGUCGGUGAUAAAGUAUUAUGCAGCCCAGUGGAGACUUUACCGGCUUGCGAUAAAGAUUUGAUUAAAGCGCAGCAAACAAUCCUAGAACAAGAGGAGUACAAAUUAACUAUUUCAAAAUUGGAUUAUUGUUUUCUUAAACGUAAUAUCCAUGCAAGAUUCUUCGGAUUACCAGUAUGUCCCGAAUUGCAUCGUACAGUGUUCCCAAAAAAUGUGGAUUUGGGAUGUUUUUUAAAAGUUACAGGUACCGUUGUAAGAGUAACACAGUCAAAAAUGUUAGAGUACCAGAGAAAGUAUGUUUGCGUUAAAUGCAAGUUUGAGAACUGUGUUGAAGCAGAGUUUGAGAACAGAUACAUCUUAAAGGCUCCCAGCAAAUGUGGCAAUGAUGUAAAAGCUUGUAGGAGUAACACAUUCACUCAAGUGCCUUUAGUCUCUAGAGAACACUGUAAAGAUUAUCAGGAAAUUAAAAUACAGGAGCAAGUCAAUAAGUUAAGUAUAGGAACAAUACCAGGCUCCAUGUGGGUGGUGCUUGAAGAUGAUCUGGUGGAUUGCUGUAAACCAGGGGAUGAUGUCCUAAUAUGUGCUACAGUAAGGCGCCGAUGGCGACCUUCCGGUCAUAACAAGAAAUCUGAAGUGGAACUAGUAUUACAAGCCAAUUUUAUAGAAGUAUGUAAUGCACAGAGGUCUGAAGUGAUUUCCACGGCUCCUGAUAUAAAAGACUGCUUUGAUGAAUUCUGGUCAAAAUAUGAAUCUUGUCCAAUGAAAGGCAGAGAUCGAAUUUUAGGAUCUGUUUGUCCUCAGGUGUAUGGUCUCCAUUUGGUGAAGCUUGCAGUUCUCUUAACAGUAAUUACUGGAUCUAAUCAUGUAGCAGAGAAUGAUGGCAAGAAAAAUGCCCACGAUGAAAAACAUGCCACUCGCGUUAGAGGCCAAUGUCAUUUGCUUCUUGUUGGGGACCCAGGCACUGGCAAGUCACAAUUACUGCGAACGAGUGCCGAACUGACUGCGCGAUCCGUAUUUACUUCAGGUGCUGGCAGUACAAGAGCUGGACUCACCUGUGCAGCACUCAGGGAAGAUGGUGAAUGGCAACUAGAAGCUGGUGCCCUUGUUCUAUCAGACGGCGGAGUAUGCUGUAUCGACGAGAUUUCACAACUACGGGAACAUGACAGGACCGCCAUACACGAAGCUAUGGAACAACAAACUAUUUCAGUUGCAAAGGCAGGUAUAGUGUGUAAAUUAAACACACGUUGUGCAAUAAUAGCCGCUUGCAAUCCCAAAGGACAUUAUGAUACGGAUCAACAUCUCAGCGUCAAUGUGUCUCUUGGGACGCCAUUGUUAAGCAGAUUUGACUUAAUAUUCAUCUUAUUGGAUUCAAAGAACAAGACGUGGGAUAGACUAGUAUCGUCGUACAUACUUUUUGGCGAUUCUAAUCCAACAGAGUGUAAGAAAAAGUGGAACCUUGAAAAGUUGCAGAUGUACAUAAGUUUAGUUGGGCCUAAAUAUACAGAAAUGACGAAGUCUGCAAAUAUGAUAAUGCAAAAGUAUUACAUGGCGCAAAGAAAGUCAGAACAUAGAGAUCCUUCCCGCACCACUGUAAGAAUGUUAGACAGUUUAGUAAGAUUAUCUCAAGCCCACUGCAGGCUUAUGUACCGCAAAACAAUAUUACCAAUGGAUGCCGUUGUAGCAGUAUCACUGAUCGAUUUAUCCAUGCAGGAUUGCACUUUAGAUGAUACGGUAGAUGCUUUACACUCUACUAUUCCCAAAUACCCAGACUAUGAGUACUUAUGUACAGCUAAAAAACUUCUAACAAGGCUAAAUCUCGUUGAUGUGUGGCGGAAUGAACUCUUGUAUUACGCCAAGUUAAUGCAAGUCGACCACAAAACGUUAGAAAGCGAUAUAGAAGCAGGGAACUGUAAACUAUUCGCCAAUCAUGAUGACGUCACUGACGAUAAUAUACAACUAUCAGCUUCGCAAAUUACAAGUUCUUAUUUCAACAAUAAAAAAUCUAAGAAAAAUCAUGAGGGACAAACUGAAAAUAAUCACGAGAAUUUAAGGAAGGAUAACGGCUUUAAAGAUGAUGGUAUAAAUGAAAAGCUAGCAGUAACGCUGAAAAAACAUAAGACUCUCAACAAAGCAGAAAAAGAACCUCCAUUAGUUAAAAAGAAAGCAGGUAAUAAACGAAAAAGAAAAGAAGUUACUGUAGACAUAACGGGAGUUAAGAAUCAACUGUCUAAAAGGGUUAAGAAAGGUAGAACAAAACAAAAGUGUAUGGAUGAAGACGAGAAUUCUAACAGUGAUGAAGAAAAUAUCGAAGAUAGAACUAUUCUAAACGCUGUACCAAGUGUAAACGAUGCAUUAGCUGAUUUAGGCAUAGAUUUUAAUUUUGAAAAUGAUUCCAAUGAAACUAAUUCUGAGAAAGAUAUAAUUAAAACAGAACCAAAAGAAUUUGAAUCAACAUCUAAAGGAAUGUUUGAUACAUCCAUAGAUAACAAUGAUAGUGUGCUAGACAUAAGUCUUGGAGGAGAAUGUAGUAAAAGUAAAGAAAUUGAAAAAGUAACAGAUGUUGAAGAAAGGACUGUGAGUAAACUGAAAAGGUUUCAGUUUGUUGAUAAAAAACCAAAAGACAUUAAAACAAAAUCGAUAUCUGUACUUGAUACAUUAUUAGAAACAGAAAAUACUAUAUUAGACAUAAGUGUUACAGAUGAUACAAAUAAGACUAAGGAUGAGAAAAAGACAGAUGUUAAAGAAAGAACAGUGAGUAAACUAAAACAGUUUCAGUUUGUCAGUAAACAUGAUUUGGAUAAGUAUGAUGAUAAGCCUGGAAAGCUCUUAGAUACAACAAGUAAUAAUGAGGAAAAUGAAAAACCAAAAUUGAAGGAAAAUAAAGAAAAUAUUUCAAAUAACAAACCAUCAACAUCAAAAUCGCAAAUAUCAAUAUUUGAAGAUUCAGACUGUGAUAUAGAUUUAGAUAUAUAAUCAUGUUUUCAAGACUGUUUCUUAGUGCAAAAUUUUAAAUAAAUCAAAUCCUACUGUU